AUGUCUGCCGCUGCUCCGCUCCGGCGCCUGACCUGCGCCCCACGCUCGCUUGCCCUCAGAGUCCGUCCUGCGCUCCCUCUUCGAUCUAUCCGCUUCCCAGCUUCAGCUUCACCCAGACGGACUUCUGCUCCCUUCUCGACCAUGGCUGCUCUCUCUUCUGCUGCGCCUGUCGCCCCGGCUGCGGCCCGCGACUAUGACCCCGAGAUCAAGGACAUGGCCUCCUACAUCCACAACCACCCAGUCAACUCUGAGCUCGCCUACGAUACCGCUCGCUGGGUCUUCCUUGACACCCUCGGCUGCGGUCUUGAGGGUCUCAAGUUCGCCGAGUGCACCAAGCUGCUCGGCCCCGUCGUUCCAGGCACCGUCGUUCCCAACGGCACCCGUGUCCCAGGAACUCCCUACCAGCUCGACCCAGUCAACGGUGCCUUCAACAUCGGUGCCAUGAUCCGCUGGCUCGACUACAACGACUGCUGGCUCGCUGCUGAAUGGGGUCAUCCAUCCGACAACCUUGGCGGUAUCCUCGCCGUGGCUGACUGGAUCUCCCGAACCAACCGUGCGGGAGGUUCUCUCGGUAACGGAAAAGUGCUCAAGAUCCGUGAUGUCCUCGAGGCCAUGAUCAAGGCUCACGAGAUCCAGGGUGUCCUCGCUCUCGAGAACUCCUACAACAAGGUCGGACUCGACCACGUUGUCCUCGUCAAGGUCGCUACCACCGCCGUCGUCAGCAAGCUCAUGGGCUUGACCGAGCGUCAGACCGCUGAUGCCAUCACCCAGGCCUGGGUUGACGGCCAGUCUCUCCGUACUUACCGCCACUCUCCAAACACUAUGUCCCGUAAGUCCUGGGCUGCCGGUGACGCUUGCCAGCGUGCCGUCAACCUCGUCCUCAAGGUGCAGAAGGGUGAGCCCGGUAUUCCUACCGUCCUCUCCGCGCCAGUCUGGGGUUUCUACGAUGUCCUCUUCAAGGGCAACAAGUUCGCCUUCCAGCGCGAGUACGGCAGCUACGUCAUGGAGAACGUCCUCUUCAAGGUGUCCUACCCAGCCGAGUUCCACUCUCAGACCGCCAUAGAGGCCGCCACUAAGGUCAACGCUACCUUGAAGUCGAUGGGCAAGACCGCCGAAGACAUCAAGGAGGUCACCAUCCGCACCCACGAGGCCUGCGUUCGCAUCAUCGACAAACAGUUCAAGCCCAUGGACAACUUUGCUGACCGUGACCACUGCAUCCAGUACAUGGUCGGCACCAUGCUUGCCUUCAACCGCCUGGUUGCUAGCGACUACACCGACGGCUCCGAGGCCGCUACCUCCCCGCUCGUCGAGUCCCUCCGCACCCGCAUCCGCUGUGUCGAGGAUCCUCAGAUGACCAAGGACUACCACGACCCAGCCCUCCGCACCAUCCCCAACGCCCUCACCGUCACCCUCAACGACGGCACCGUCCUCGACGAGGUUGUCGUCGACGCUCCUCUGGGACACAGGCUCAGACGCGAGGAGGCCAAGCCUGAGAUCCUCGCCAAGUACAAGCGUCAUCUCGAGGGACACUUCGAUGCCUCCCGCGUCAAGCAGCUCAUCGAUCUCGGAUUGGAGCAAAAGACUCUCGAGGAGAUGGACGUCGACAAGUACGUUGACCUGUAUGUUAAGGAGUAG